GACAGCUCUUUGAAGUUGGUUGACAGUUAAUUAUUUCGUUCCAUAGCUUAAUUUAAUUAUUAUAGCACAUUAUAAACAUUUAUCCUAUGCUAUUCGCCUUUUUUUCUAGUAAAUUUUGCUAUUAUCUCUUUUCAUAAAGCUAAAAAUGGCAACUUUUCUUACCUAAGUGGAACUCGACAUGUAGCAGCCAUUUUUGUCGCAAAUUUGUCUUGCUUGUGUCGGUUCUUCGUUCUGUCCAAAAUAUUCAAAUAAAAUACGGCUCUCUUAUUCAAUAAAUCUUGUUCUUAUUAUCAUAAAAUUUGAAAGUGCAUUACAUCCUGGGCAGAAAAUGAUUCCGUAAAUCUAUAAAAGUGGUUUUAAUAACUAUUACCAACUUUGUUUCGACUUUCUUGCGACUUUUUAUUUGACUUUAAAUUAUUAUAAAAAUAACAAAUCAAAGUGCUAUAAAUUGCUGAAAUGUCUAACGUGGGUUAUGAUCUGGACACUUCGGGUGGUUUGAUGCCGCUCAUAAAGGCGUUAAUAAAGCCGCCGGACGAGGAUUUGAAUACCCAGAAACCGAAAAAACCUCAGCAUCCUUACUACAAGAGGCCUGGGAAGGGACAUAACCACGACUCUUGCGACGCGUGUGGCGAGGGAGGGGACCUUAUCUGCUGCGACCGCUGCCCUGCCAGCUUUCACCUCGGUUGCUAUGAUCCUCCCCUGGACGAGAAUGACAUCCCGGCCGGUCUCUGGUUGUGUCGCGAGUGUCGCGCUUAUGAUGACAACAAGCCUGCAAGCUCUCGAAGCAGUCGGGCGCAAUCACCGGCUGAUAGCAAGUCUGACAGCGAGAAGAAGUCUAGAUUGCUUACUCGUAACAACCGUGCCAACUCCAAAAAGAGAAGCAAAGAUGAAGAGGAUGAGAUCAAACAGGAGCCAGAACCAGAGAAAGAAAAAGAAACAGAAGAUAAAGAGUUGAGUCCCAUGGAGGUGCUAGUGAAUGCGGCCAAGAUCAUGAACCCGCGUCAGUUCGAACUGCCCCGGGAAAUGCGUAUACCCUGUGUGUUCCCUGGGACUGAGAAAGAAGGGACAAAGAAUGGUAAUGCGUCACUAAUAACGGUGGAUGCCUGGGGUUGCGUGCCGUUACCUGCUAAGAGCUGCUACACGUGCCAGGGGACGUGCAAGCAGGCGCCGCUGUUGCAAUGCGACUACUGUCCGCUGCUGUUCCACCAGGAUUGUUUGGAUCCACCUCUCACGGCGCUUCCUACGGGACGCUGGAUGUGUCCCAACCACGUGGAACAGUACAUUGAUUGGAAGCUGGUGAACUCUAUAUCUGCGACGGAGCGCGUGGCGCUGUGGGACAAGUUCUCUGGGCCGGUGGAUCAGCACGCCAUCAAGAUCGACUUCAUACGCCGCGCCAGGAAGGACCGACCAGCUUUCAGAAUAAAAGUGCCGGUGUCCGGUCCGGGCCGCGUGGUGGUGCCGGACAUGGUGCGGCAUCACUACCGCAAUCCGCCGCCGCUGAUGCCCAGCCGGCGCGAGUACGUGCGCUGCAAGAACGUUCUAAGGAAUCUAAAGGCAAACGGCGUGUAUGAUGAAGAGGAGGAAGGUCCGAAGUACACAAUCUGUAUGAACAUGCAGUGUCCCGAGUACUCGGGCGAGGGGGAGUGCCCCGCCAAGGACGAGCCCAUGGAGACACCGACUUCACCUAAGGUGGAAUCAGAAUCAGAAUCGUCAAGCGACAUGUCAGACGUGGACUAUGAGUACCACACACCAUCAGUCAAGCGGCGCAAGAUCCUAGACGACAAGAGUAGCAAGAAGGGCAGGAGCUCGCGGCUGGAGCUGCGUCCUGAUGGCGAAGUGGAGGAACUGCUCGCGGUUGUGGACGAGCAGCUCAAGAAACUUGACGAGCGGCUGGUCAAACUGCUUGCUUGGCAGAGAUUGCAACAGGUGGCGUGGGGCGAGCAGGCGGGCGGUCGCUGGCGCCGGCUGCGGCUGUCGCGCGCGGCGGCGGCGGGCGUGCGGCGCGGCGUGUCGCGCGCGCGGCUGGCGCGGCACGGGUUCCGCCACGUGGCGCUGCCCUCGCAGCUGCUGUCGCGCGCCGACCGCGACCGCAUCGCCGCCGCCGUGCUCGGCGCGCCGCCGCGGCACCGCGCCCGGGACGACGAGCCCGCGCAGAUCAGGGACAAAAUGGCCGACGCCUGCGUCAGGGCUGCGCUCUGUGCCGUCAGACCUGCCAAGAACGGGCUGGGCGACGGUCUCGGGCGCCCGAUCCCGAUGCGUCUGUCGUCUCUGUGGGUGGGCUCGGACAGCGGGUGCGACGUGCGGCUCGACGCCUCGCACUGUCGCCGCGUCUCUAGGAACCAUGCUGUUAUAUUCGUGGACGAGGUGAGCGGACAUUUCGAGCUGAUCAACUACUCUGAGUGGGGCACGCGCGUGAACGGCGUGAUGUACACGUGCGACGCGACGCUCUGCGCCUCGCACGAGCCCGGCGACCACGACGAGACGCGCACCGCCGCGCUCAGGGACCUGCUGCGGAGGAGGGAACCGCCUCAACAGAACAAAUUGAAUGCGGUUUGGACCGGAGCGCCGGAGUGUAUGUGCGCGGGUACUUGGACAACAGCGGGCGCGUGGGAGGGCUCGGCUCUGGUCCCUCACGGCGCCCUUCUCCAGUUCGGAUGCCUCAUGUACGUGUUCUGCAUCACUGAUCAUCUCGCGUUGCCCUCAGAUGAUGAAUCACCCUCAUCAAGUCUCUAGUGAAUGCCCUGUGGAGUCGAGACCUCCAGAAAUCUAAGCUAAAUAAACUUUAUAUGUAUUGCCUGGUGUAAGGUUGUUACUAAAGAAUAUAGUUCCUUAUUCACUAAUAUUAAAAUGUGUUUAAGAAUAAUGUUUCUGAUGUAUUGAGCUGUCACAUUAUAAAAGAAUAUGUUGUAAAUUACAUUAAGACUAAUAUCAAGAUGCAUUUAAACAUGCUUUCUGUUAGAGUGGUAACUCUAACUGAAGAAGUUAAGACUUCUUGCAAAAUGUGUGAAAGUUCUGACACUGAUGGAAACCUCACUCGUGAGUUGCGUUUCGCAGUCAACUUCGUAUUCAGUAAGACAGUAGGUCAUAAUUCUAAUAGUCGGGGGACAUUUGUCUGUAACCACACUAAUGUAAAACGUAUCUCAUUUGCGUCUUAAAAGAUUCGCGUUAGCUACGUAAAACACACGGUAUGUGAUGGUAAGUUGCGUUCAUUUUUACACGCCUGUCGUGUCCGACUGGCGUAGCAUGAUUAAAAACAUAAGUGUUUGCGCUGCAGUCAAAAUAAUAACAUACUAUUUUACCGAGACACAAAUGUUUGUGCGAAUGGGUUUAAGAACAAACUUGACAAAUAUUUUGCUAGGAUCGAGAAUUGCUGGAUACAGGCAUAUCAGUUAAACAAGCUGCCUGUCUGAUAAUAAUAAUAAUACUACCAAGAUCUUUGUUCCUGUGAAUGGUAGAGAUUACCUGUGGCAUUGCCCAUACAUUUUUCAAGUGUAAAGAAAUAAUUAACUUGUAAUGAAUCAGAGUGUUAUAUUAACCUUUUCCAAACACAGUUGUGCAAUAAUUAGCUAAUUACUAUUAUACCAAUUGAUAAGUUUUGUUGUGAAUAAAAUUGGGGUGAAGGAUCUGGUGGGAGAAAUUUGAUAAAAAUGAUAUUUUAAACCUAAAUACUAUCUUGUAAAAACACAGUAAGUGUGAAGUGUGACUACCAACACUUUGUGUGAGAUUGUGGGAUAAAAUGUGAAUAUAAAAAUCUUUGCUUCUGAAUACCGAUUAGCGUGAUACACGUAACGUAGCGCACUUAUUGGUGAGUGUAGUUCGCAACCUCAACAUUCUCACCUUGAGAUGUUAGAAAUACUCAUGUCACUGUCAAGUAGUGUUUUAACUGCGAAUUCAGACGUGAGCUCGAUGGUGAGAUCUUAUAGAAUAGUAUAAGUGAUUCAAUAGUGAAACAAUAAGAAAACUGCCAGGAUGGACUAAUCACUGCCGUUGGUAGGAUAUAUUUUAUAUCCGUCCGGAUAGCGACCACCGUAUACAAGGUGUUAAAACUGGCCUUAGUGGCCCAUGUAAGUGUGUCGUGUUCCGGGAUCAGCCUGUAUCGAGUCCAACAGGCCGGCAUAAUUGUGUCGACUGCCGAGGGGUAAUCAUCUCCGGUCAGUCGACAUUCUAUUGGACUCUAUUUACACCAAGUGCAGUGGAGACGUUCUGCCGUGCUCGGAUAUAAAAAAAAAAACAACGAGACCGACAUUCGUAUUGUGUGUGUUUUACCAAUUCUAAGUGUGCUGGUCCAGCAAUUAAAAUUUGAGUAAGUUCUAAUCGAAAAUGUAAAGAAUUCAGGAUUUCAAUUAUGACAUAAUAUAUCUCGUUAGUCUUUUGUGAGGUAUCUAGCGAGGCACAAUAUAGCUUAUUUUCUCAGCCUGCCCCUUGGGCAAUAAAGGCUUGAUUUUAUACAUCAAUGAAAUGUCUAUGAACUGUAGCCUUUUGGCUACAUAAAUUACGUAUAGUUUGUGGAUUUUGUAAAUAUAGACAAUUAUUUUAAGUUUAGCAAUAAAAUGCAAUACUAAAGUGUUAUCAUCAAAGUUGAGCCAGAAAUGUUAGCUAAUAUCUACUCAUAGUUAAAUAAAUAGUUUUUAUGAUUUGUUAAUUAUUUCUUUCUAACCAAGUCAAUCACUAUUGCACUUUAUACUGUCUUCCCUUAUUCUUGCAUACAUCUGUUAUAUUUAAACAAUAUUUUAUAGUCUCUGAUUUUAAAUAUCACACAACAUGGCAAGACAAAAUACUGGUUAUUAGAUAUUAUUAUCCACAAAAAGCUGAAUAUAAUUUUUAAUUUUGAUAAAGGUCUAUAUUAUAGUUUGAUUGCCUUGGAACCACACAAGUCAUAAAAUUGCUAUAAAGAGUUCAUGGGACGAUAGUGGCUGGGUGUGAUAUGCACGUCGCGUGUUAAGCACGUGCUCUAUCUGCCACUAAGCCGCAGUAUGUAGUCACUGUUGUGGUCCGGUUUGAAGGACAUUGCAGCCAGUGUAACUACAGGACAUAAUAAUCUCAUGUCUCAGGAUGGCGAGCGCAGUGGAAUACCAAACAAUACUUUGUAAUUCAAGGCGUUGGAUGGUGUUUCUACUGUUUAUGGGCGGUCGUAUCGCUUAUCAUCAGGCGAACGGCAAACUCUUGUCAUUCAAACAUUAAAAAAAAGGCGCCACAUAGAAACUGCCCCAUGUAGCUUACCGUAGCUCAUCAAGGACACAUAUAUCACACGCAGCCACGCUUUCUCUGGAGUUGCGUUAAUUCACUAGACAUAUUGAACAGUAAUAUAAUUGUUAUAAUUUUUGGUCCAAACUUGAUGAAUGCCCUUUACAUGACGCUUAGACUUUCAAAUAUAUUAACGAAGAGCGAUGUUACGUAAAUAUAAUUGGUAUUAUAGAAUAUCUUCUUACAUUAUGUUAAUUUAAGUAUUGAUAAUAUAAUAUGUUUUCAAUAUGUUUGAAAAUUUUAAACAAUGGGUUUUUUGUUUGUGUAAACAUAGUGCAUGACAUUAUUUUUAAUAGAACUUGCAGACUAUAAUUGUACCAGUCUCUGCGUAACUCUAAAAGUGAAUUACUUAAGCCUGUCUCGGUGGCGUACUAUGCAUGCGCGCUACAACCAUCACUCUGAGGUCCUUGGUUGGGCAAAAUCAUAUUGUUUUUUUUUGCUCAGUAUCAGUCUGGAAUCUGAGCCUGAUAUGGCAAUACGCUCACCCCCUAUCACAUCAUGGGUCGGAACAAACACGACUAAAAGGAGGUGCGCUGGUUGUACCUCUCCCUACCCCUUUAGGGAUUAAUGCGUGAUGUGCGUUUGUAAAUAUAUGUAAUAGUUUUGCAAUAGUAAAACCUGCAUUCAAAAUAAAAAAACUAACGAUUGAAUCAGACUGUUAUGUCUUAUCCGUAUUCAGAUAAACCAAUCGGCAGUGUGUAUAUCCUAUUGAAAAAAUAAAAAUAGUAAACUUUGGAUCUGUUCUUGAUGUAUGAAGUGUAGUAUAAGUAUAUAUUUGCAACAUAUUGCAAUGCAUUUUGCCUCUAAGAGGGCAAGGCUUUAUCAGCCAAGCUCACUGCAUAGUAUUUUAUAUUAUAUAAAAUCGGACAUCUGAAAGUAGUAAAUUACCGUUGAUUACGAUCGAUCUGAAGUUUGUCACGAGUGGCGUCGCAGACUUGAAACACGAGUGACGCAAUAUUCGGACAAAUUUUUUGGAUAACUUAAAUGAUAAUGCUCUAAAAGUUGUCAUUUUUGGAAUCGAUAUUAGUGGGAAAGUGAAUAGCUACAGUUGUAUUCAGUAAUGAAAAAGGUGUUCAAGAAAAAAAGAUGUUCCUCACUUCACACUGUACUGACGUCAGUCAUACGUUAGUCAUGUUAUUUCUCUUUACAUAGGAGGUUCUGGCAGCUUUGAAUCUUAUGUAUUGGUUUAGUAUUAAGAAGGUCCGGGAUCCAUAAAUAAUUUCUCAUAUCUGGUUGUCAAACCAAGUCUAGGAAGAUGGGUACUGUCAUAUCAGCACUGUGAGUAUUUUAUUUAUUUGGAUAGGUAAUGAUCUAGGCUCCUGAAUAAAUAGUUGACUACUACUGCAAUAUAGGUGUAAUAUGUUUGGGCGGGGCAAUGUAAGGAAGAUAUAUAAUUUAUUACUUUCAGAUAUGGCCAUUUGUGUUAUUUAGAAUAAUGUAACUGAAAUAUACACCCUAGUUGGAAGUUUGUUUGUGAAAUAAAGUUCAUUAUUGAA